GUGAUUUCAGAUUUCAUUUUAUCAUACAACAGGCAUCCUUCAUCUUCUUAUCAGUUCCAUACAGUCUCAACAGUAAUUACAUAUAACGAUUUUGCAUCUUCUUGGACACCUUUAAUGCUUCCACAUUGAACAUGUUUGAUGUAUUUGUUAAGAUCAGUGUCACUGCGAUUGAUACGUGAUUUGAUUGGCUGGGAAUCACAACUGAUUAUUAUACUUUGGGGGUUUAAGCCCCCAAAGCCACCCUGGGGGCCAACAUUAGUGACCAAAUGUUUGGCCAUAGCAGCCAUGCAUAUUAACCCUGUGGAGCUCCCGACAAACUGUUUUGAUAGAAGCGGGAGAGUUUCACAGAGGGGUGCACAUUUAAUGCUGCAGUGAGUUGGGCAGCUGUGGUUUUAUGUUUUUGGAUACAAAAUGUACCCUUACAAAACUAAAAAUGUACUCUAGUAAAAGUACAUGUAUACUUUUUACUACUAAGAAUUGUAAAAUUUGGGAGAAAAACUAUUUAAUUACAGUAAUUUGAAUAUUUUUAAUUUGCAACUUUACCUCUGCUUUUGCCAUGAAUGAAACAUAUGUGCUGUCUAAUCCAUGCCAGACUCUCCUGGUGUACUGUAGAACAUGAGCUGACCAUUCAGAAAGAUUUAUCAAUGAAGGCCAGUUUGUGUCUUGAUGGUAAUCCUUGCCCUUUGCCGGACUUCACCUGUAACAGCCUGCUGCUACGACACUGCGCCAAUCUGUCAGGUUUUAUUGUUGACACAUUGACGCAAGCACAGGCCAGCCGGGGUGUAUUUAAACCGCUGUCCUCGACUCCAAAGAGAGAGAAGCGACCUGCAACUCUAGAACUCACAAGAACAAACAGAACAGAGACAAAGAGCAAGAUGAACUCAAGAAACUGCAACAGUCUCAACAACUCACAGGUACGCGCCAGAGCAGGAACAACUACACCCAGAAGCGGACCUCCAGAGUUCAAACAGGGGAUGAUAAGACAAUUCAAAAGCAAAACACCCAAGAAAGGAGUCAAAGGGUCUGGAGAUGAGAUCCCAGGAAUGGAUGGUCUUGGCACUGGUGAGUACAACUCAUGGCACACAGUUUUUCUAGUGAUCGAAUUACUGCUAAUCUCAUUACUCUUGCGAACUGCUUUUCCUCAUUGUCUGGCUCAUCGGCAUGCUUUAUCUGCCAACGUCUUUCAAACAGACACCACCGUGGUCUGUCCGUGGGAAGCCUUUAGCCAUCUGGAGCUGAAUCAACUCGCCCAGUAUGGGAUUAUUUGAGAAGCAGGAGCUGGAGAUGGAGUGUGAUCAGGACUUGUUUAGUGGACUAUAGUUCCAACUCUAUAUCCCAGAUGAGGGAUGCUGCGAAUGGACACUUGCACUACUGCCUUUAUAAUCUGCUGUAAAUAGAGGAGCUUUAUCUCUCUUUUUAGCAGGAUACUGUGAGUGGGGAGGCCUUAUUAGCUGUGCUAUGAUUGAAUUUUGCUGUUAGCAAGAUUAGUUUGGUGUUUUACUUAAGAUAUAUCUUAAUCUGGAAUGUUUAUUUGUUCAAAAUAAAAAAAAAUU